AGGCUGUACGUCGCAGUGGUUCCGCCAGGAGAAUGUGUCAUUUCACCAAAAUAUUCUUGAAGAAAACAAAACUAAUAGAAAUAAUGUAAGGAAAAAGAAGGAAGAAAUAAUAUAGAUUCAAUAGUCUAAAACCCUAUACCAAGAAAGAAGAAGAAGUAGAAGAAUGUGUCAUUUGAUCAACCACCAACUAAAAGAGAAAGAGGAUACAUGAAGAUAUUUCUAAGGAGAACAAAUAUAAUUGAUUAUAUAUAAACUACAGAGAAGAUUAGAAGAAAAGGAUCCAGGGGAUAUAGACAAUAUUAUAGUCUAAAACCCUAUAAAAAGAAGAAAGAAGAAGAAUGUGUCAUUAGUUUGGCCCCGUGUUGAAAGGUUGGCUUGAUAAACCUCUUGUGCAUUGGUACUAGUGAAAACAACCAGAUAAUAAAGUAUGUGAUGAUAUGAGUUUCAGGGACAUGAGAUAAUUCAGUAGUUGUGUUGUACCUCAAUUGGAUGUUCACCUGUGCAGGAAAUUUGGUAAUUUUUCACAAUAUCUUCGCAUACCCGAUCGUGAUGAUUUUGGUAUUGAUAGAGUCCUCUCAGAGUCUAGUCCACAUAUAGUUUGGAUAUUAUGGUGCAGAAACAUAAAAUUUAGCAAUACCAUUCACCUCUAUAAGGGGUUUUAAUGCUGCAGUCAAAACUCCUUGUCUUACUCAUCCAGACAACGUGUCAGGACUGGCAGGACAAAUAGGCCGAGUUCAGAACCCUCCAAGGCCUUCAUUGCCCCCAAUGCAACCAGCUCGAAAACAUUUGACCUGAAUUCACAUUUCUACAGCCUAAUGGUUUCAAUGUCCACACAAAGAGGCUUGCAUGCGGUCUCCACUUCUUGCUGAGAUAUGAGCAUGUCUAUGUGUGAAUCUUAAAACCCAGUGAAAGUCAGAAAGAAAUAAUGAACGGAUAUUAGAAUUUAGCGCUGAAAACGGAGGACUUUCUAUAAAGAGAAGCAAGAUGAAUGAUGAUAGUCAUGAACCUAUAAACAAGGAUGACUUGCAAGGAAGAGAGGUUGAUGCAGAAACCUUAGUGAGCCAGGAUAGUGAAAGUAGCUCGCAAGUAAGUGGCACAAUGGAUGUACAAAAGGAGGAAGAUGUAGUUGAAAAGAAGAGCAUAAAGGGAAGCACAAAGGAUACAAAGAAUAUGGAAAAGGAGAUGCAGUUAAAGAAGUAUGGAGUAUUGAUAUGGUACGGCGAGCAAUGUGAUACAGAGAGCAGCUGUGAAGAGGCUUAUGAUGAGGAUGAUACAGAAUUACAAGAUGAAGAUACAACAUUAAGUAGUGCCGAAAAAACUGACUUGCCAACAGAGGAUGAUGAUGACGAGGCUACAGAGUUAAGUGAAAAUGAAGAUAAGCAUGUUGGUCAGUGUAAGGAAGAAAGUAAACAAAUAGAGAAAGGAGAGGACACACAGGCAUAUGAGAAAGAAAACAUUAUGGCCAAUGAAGAAGGCAAGAUCCAGGAGAGUAAUGAAGAAGAGGAUUGGCAGGAGAGUAAUAAAGAUGACAGGCAGGAGAGUAAUGAAGAGAAAUCUACAGCUGAUGAAGAUGAAAACACACAGGAGGCUGAAGAAGAAGAGAACAGGCAAGAGGUUGAGGAAGAUGACAUGCAGGAGGAUGAGGUAGAAAACAUUAUGGCUGAUGAAGAUGACAGGCAGGAGAGUAAUGAAGAGAAAACUACAGCUGAUGAAGAUAAAGACAUGCAGGAGGGUGAGGAAGGGAAUAUUGCAGCUAAUGAAGAUGAGGACAGGCAGGAGGAUGAGGUAGAAAACAUUAUGGCUGAUGAUGAUGACAGGCAGGAGAGUAAUGAAGAGAAAACUACAGCUGAUGAAGAUGAACAGACACAGGAGGCUGAGGAAGAUGACAUGCAGGAGGAUGAGGUAGAAAACAUCAUGGCUGAUGAAGAUGACAGGCAGGAGAGUAAUGAAGAGAAAACUACAGCUGAUGAAGAUGAAAGCACACAGGAGGCUGAAGAAGAGAACAUUACGGCUAAUGAAGAAGAGAACAGGCAAGAGGUUGAGGAAGAUGACAUGCAGGAGGAUAAGGUAGAAAACAUUUUGGCUGCUGAUGAUGACAGGCAGGAGAGUAAUGAAGAGAAGACUACAGCUGAUGAAGAUGAAGACAUGCAGGAGGGUGAGGAAGGGAACAUUGCAGCUAAUGAAGAUGAGGACAGUCAGGAGGCUGAUGAAGAUGACAUGCAGGAGAGUAAUGAAGAGAAAACUACAGCUGAUGAAGAUGAACAGUCGCAGGAGGGUGAGGAAGAUGACAUGCAGGAGGAUAAGGAAGAAAACAUUAUGCUUGAUGAAGAGGAAGAAACACAGGAGAGUAAUGAAGAAAGAAUUGCAGCUGAUGAUGAUGAUAUGCAGAAAGCUGAGGAAGAGAACAUGGUUGAUGAAGAAGAAAAUAUGCUUGAGGAAGAGGGCAAAAAUGUGGCUGAUGAGGAAAAGGAUAUGCAGGUGUCUGAGGAAGAGAAUAGGCAGGAGAGUGAGGAAGAGAACAUUAUGACUGCUGAAGAAGACACACAAGAGAAUAUUGUGGCUGAUGAAGAGGAUAGCCCAGAGAGCAAGGAAGAGAGUGUUAUGGCUGUUGAAGAAGAGGACACACAGGAGGCUAAGAAAGGGAAAGUUAUGGCCAAUAAAGAAGAUUGUCAAGUAGGCAAGAGAGAGGAAAUAACAGGUGAGGAAGAGAGUAGUCAGAGUGAAGAAGAAAAGGAAGAGGUCAAGGGAGAUGAAAGAAAGACAGAUGAGGAAGAGGAAAAGCAAAAAGUAAAACCAAGUUUCGAGGUAAAGGAGGAAAAGGAUAUCCAGGAUAUUGGGAAUGUAUAUGCUAGUGAGGCAGAAGCCCUUCAGGCAGGGAAUGACAAAAACGAGAAGUGUGAAAAGGAAGGAGAAAUUCUACUAGAUCAUCAUGUUUGUAAGGAACGACAAUCCAAACCUGAUAACGAAGAAGUAACAACAGAUCAGGGUGCAACAGAGGUUAACAAUGAUGAUGUCCAAAAGAGUAGUAAUGACGGGUCUGUAACAGAAGAGACAAAUAAAGAUAAUGCUGAAACAUCGCCAGUCCUUGGACAGAAACACAGGAGGAGGACACUUAGUUUUGACAAUUUGGAAAUUGCAAAAACAACAUCUGAGAGCAAGAGUCUCAACAACAGUGGUAAAAGAACACCAGAUAAUUCCGGGGAGGCUCAGACCCCAGAUGAAUGCCAGAUCAACAGAACAUCACCAAUUAUUGGCUCUAGAUUAAAGGAUAUCUCUGGCAGCCCACGUAAGCAUGAUGUAGCAGAGGGUAAGUUCAACCUUGUUAUUACGUCUGUUAGGGGUAAGGUUGAAGACUUUAACGAGUGCAACAAAAAUUCUCAAGCAGUAGAGGAUAAAGAAUUAGCUUCUGGAUCUUCAGAUGUAAGUAAAGAUAAAUCUCCAACUUCUCAGGAGAAGAAUAUCGAAUGUGUAGAGGUAGUAAGUGAAAGCGAAGAGGAUAAUGUAUUUGAGGAAUGUAAAGCCGUCGUCUGUAAGAAAUGUCGAAGCAUUUGGACUGAGAAAGUUUUGCAUACAAUUUUUAAGGGCAGUGAAGCAGUCACUGUCAACUCAAAAAUAACUUUCGGAGCUAUAGUCCUAAUCAAUAACUGGGCCCAUAGACACAUUCAGCAUGACAGAGAAACGGCUGUGAAAAACAUGCUAGAGAGAGCUGAUCUCGGUAAAAACAUUAAGGGGUUGGAGAUAAGUGAUCUGAGUCAGUGGCUUUUUGAACUUAUGGACAAAGGCAAGAUAAAGUGCUGUGCAGUGUUUGAUGCCAUAUAUAAGCCAGAGCCCAUCAAAGUAUCACUAAGCUCCCUGAAAAAAGUUAAAGGAGCUAGUAGUAAAGCCAUAAGAGCACCCUGUAGAGAUCAGGAUGAUGGUGAAAUGUCAAAGAAGAGGCCAUUGCAGCUUGAAGAGGAAAGAUUAUCUGAUUCGCAUGAUCUCUCAAAAGUGCCAGAGGUGACCAAGGGAGCAAGAACCAAGAAAAAGGAAAAGAAAGAUGACUUGGCAGAUGUAUCAGAUGUGCAGGAUCAUAACUCACCAGACAGAGCACAAACUAUAAAGGAAAAGAAGACUAUUGAAACAUUAGAACAGAAAUCAGAACCAGAUGCACAAGUCUCCAGACUUAGUCCAAGGCAGUCUGAUGAAGUGCCCUCGGAUGAAGAUGAAGGUUUAUCUAAGUCUCAUUCUUCCAUUUCUGAGAUGCAGUCCAAGGCAGUUCUGGAUGAUGACCAAGUAUCUGAAAGAGAAGAGGUUUUAUUUGAAACAGAACCAUCAGAAGCAAAAGAGGUUAGUUAUGUAUAUGAGGAAAAUAAUAUGGAGGUUAGUGACGACGAAGAGGGUGAGAAUGAUGAGAAUGUUGCUGCAACAUCAAUACUCAGACAGGAGGAGGAAAUUGAGCCAGAUUUGCUUAUAACAAAAGAGGCAGAGAUAUUUUCAGGUACUGUAGAAAAUAGGCAGUCUUUGUUGUGCAAAAAGCUAGGCUUAGAUAUUAAUAAUAUUGCUAUUAGUUGUUCUAGUAGCGACCUGAAAAGGGCCAACAAUGGAACUAUGGCAAAGCAAGUUUCAGUUGAAGAGGCAGUAUCUCGUGCUCACAUCACCCUGUUAAAGGAACGUUCAGCCUUACAAGGGUUUGCAAGUGAAGCAUAUGAUCUGUUGCCCUUCGAGUUCAAAAAUUUCUAUGAUUCUGUACAUAAUGAUGAGUCUACUCAGCGCUUCAUGACAAAUCGCGAAUUACUGACACUGCACAGCAUUUUCAUUCUGGAUGCAGAGCUGCCCAAUGCUGAACUCUUUUAUCAGGUUUUGAUUCAGAUUCUAAGGAGUCGAAACCAAGUCUUACUUGUCCCAGACAGCCGAACUUUGCUGCAGGUCCUUGAGAAGUUGCGUCGAGACUUCAACAGAGCGAAAGUGGGAAAGUCAUAUAGUGAGUUCUUGGCACAAAACUGGGACAUGAGAAAUAUUUAUAGUGCAGAGACUUUAUGGAAUAACACAAGAGGCUAUCCUAAUAAUCCAAAUAUAAGAAAUGUUUUGUCUAUUUUUUGCUUGUGGAAGAACAUUGGCAAGCAGUUACCUGAUUUCUAUCCUUCUUUAGCCAUACAAGAAAUGUGUAAAUUCACUGAUUUAAGCAGCACAGACAAGCUGGGAAUGUGUGUGAGACUGUAUGCAAGAUUUUGCACUUUCUUGUACAAAGAAAAUCACCCAGAAUUAGCAGAACUUUUCCUUGACCAAAAAUUCACAAUAUCCAACAUCUCUGUAUCAAGAGAUGCUUUGAUCAAUAGUAUGAAGUGCCAAGCUUCAGAGAAUCAGAGGGUAGAAGCUUCACUUACUAGUACAGAAACUGAAGUUAUACAGGCAAUGCAAAAUUGCACCGAAGCAGAGAAAAUGGCCCUACGUUCUGAAAAUCCCAAGACUCUGAGACACUUCCACAGACUCCUGAAACAGUUUGAACAAAAGCUAGACCGAUACAGAGAUGCAAAUGCUGAACUAGUGAAGAAAAUUACAGUUGCUGAAACCAGGAAAGAAAAGCUAAUGAAUAAGAUAAAGGAUCCAAGCCUGAAAGGAUCAUUGCAUGAACUUAGUGAUGAGUUGAGCACCAUUUAUCACAACAAGAGAAAAAACAGUUCUCUAAUUGAGGCUGACCAAAGAAGCUCAAAGUUUGCAAGGAUGGAGUCAGAACCAUAUGAAGUUGCGGAAAGUACCAAGGAAGUCAUUCAUAACAUCCUUGCAAAGGGAGUUAAGCCAGAGCUAGUGAGAACUGUCAUUCAAACCAUAAUGAAGAAAGUAACUGGAGAGAGUGCCUUAAAUCUGCCUGAUGUCUUCUGGAUCAGAAAAUAUGCACAGGAAAAUGGUUUUCAGUCUACAGAGAGUUGAUACGAGCUGAGCCCCUUGAAUGUAGGUGGUAUGAUUUCAUAAAUAUACAGAAAAUCUCAAUAUAUUUUACUUUUAGUUUUCUAAAAAAUUACUGUAUCAGUAUAAGUUAAAAUCAAUAUUUUUUUUUUUAUUGUACUUUGUAAUAUUGGAGAUAAAAAAUGUAACUAUAGUUUGCAUUUUUCUCUUGUGAUAUCAAAGAUCUCAUGUAAAUACAUAAUUCAUCAUCCUUGUAUAUGUCUAUGUUGAUGUACUUGUAUAUUGUAUAUAUGCAUAUAUAACAAGCUUGUGUAUAAUGUCUGUACAUACACACAGGAAGAGGACGGGACUCCCUUAAUUCUUUUUCCAGAAAUGUUACACUCACAGUCUCUUAUUUAGAACAUUUCUGAAGAACCCUAAGUGCUUCCACAUUUAUCUCUCCUUAUUUGUGAAAACUAAAGCAAUCAGCCAGUCUUGGUCUCCCUAUUGGGAUAUUUUGGAGAUUUGUUUGCAGACACCUUGGCUGAAAGAAAAAGAGGAAGAGAGAAUAUAGGAGAUAAAGCAUGUAAUAACAAGCUGUUAUACUUGUUCUCUUUGGUAUCUCUGAGUUGGCUUCAAUUUUUACCUUUUACAAAUUUCAUUAUUCAGGGUAUUGAGAAUCAUAAUCUGUACAGCAGCAUAUUUUGUGCACAAUUGGUUUUAUAUAUAUAUAUAUAUAUAUAUAUAUAUAUAUAUAUAUAUAUAUAUAUAUAUAUAUAUAUAUAUAUAUAUAUAUAAAUAUAUAUAUGUGUGUUUAAUGUUCUUCCUAAUGUUGGAAUCUAAGCUUGCUUUUGAGACAGGCUUCAUGUGUCAUAUAAUAUGAUACCUAGAAGAAGAGUU